AUGCCCAAGGACAUGGUGCCAGAAGAUUACCUGAAUAAGGAUUUUGACUACACCAAAUUAACAAAGACACAGCUACGUAAAAUUAUGUAUGAGAACGGAGUAGAGGCCAUUCCCCCAUUAACAGCCAAGAAGUCGGAGCUAAUUGAUGCAUAUAAGGAAAAUAUUUAUAAACGUAUUGAUGUUCUAAUGAGUAGAAGAAAGAAUAUCUCUAUGGAAAAUUCGUUCCAAAAUGUGUCUCCAAAAAAGAAGUAUGUUUUCGAGGAAGUUCCUGACAUCCCGGUGACAAAUAGUAAAGGUGAAGACCCAUAUAAAAAACCUUAUUCAGAAGCAUCCAUGUCUGACAUCGGGACACCCAGAAAGGACGUGAAAGAGAUAAAAGAAAGCACCUCAAGAAACUUCUCUCCAAAAAGCUCUAGUUUUGUAGAAAAGGCCCCUUCUAAUCAAGAAAAAAGAAACAGCUUUGUGGAAGAUGAGGCACCAGGUGGCUCGAGCCUUGUUGCAGGCAUGUCCGCAGCCAACAAUUCAACUAUUGGUUUCUCUGGUUCCUCUUUUUCAUCAUCCUUUAUUCACUCAUCUUCUUCCGGACGUUCAUCUAUUUCUAGAAGAAAUGAGAAGCAGGGAAGUAGCUCAGAUGUGAGGAAAAGGGCGUUCACCUCUGAUCCAACCCUCGACAAACCUGAAUUACAGUCCGAACACUCUUCUCCUAGAUCAUCGAGCAAUUUCACGGAAAUUAAUGCCACCAGGUUCAGGUCUCGAAGUAAAAAAAAUAAGUGGUUUCUGGUUCUUUCGAUCAUUGGAUUUGCUGUUGCAGGGUAUUUCAGAUUCAUGUGCCCAUACUGCUUGGAUGGUAGACGUUUUUGCAUCCCCUUGCCAGAGCACUCUAAGAUUAACAAUGGAAGACUGGCAUGUGAUAAAGGAUUUAUAAUCAAGCAUGGGAUUUUAAGGGAUUAUUGUAUAGAAGACAAUAGACAUGAGAAAGAGAUGUCAAAAAAGAUAAAGGAAUUGAAAAAAAUACUGGAAAGAAGAAGCGGAGACUAUAUGUACGGAAUGAUCCCUACAAAAUCAGUCCCGGUAAAGCUUUUAUCCAGUGACCCUGAAAUAAUAGAAAGACUAAAGAAGGAGGUUGGUAUCGUCAUCUCUAAUGAAAUGAUAUAUUCUGUAAAUGCAAGGGUAUCGAUGAAAACGUUUUUUAGGUAUUAUUUUAGAAGGAUGAUCAUGAUAUCUACACCAUUAGCAAUUAUAAUUAUCAUGAUUAAAAUAAUCGGGAUGUUCAGGAAAAAGAAAAAGGAAAGGCUUCAAGCUGCACAGAAGAUAGUCAAAGACAUUGCAGAUGUUUUGGUGAGACAAAUAUACGUAUCUACAAGAAAUGCCAAUUUUCCUAGUCAUGUGUACAUAGAGCAGCUUAAAGAUUGCUUUGGAGUUGAUAGAAAGGUUUGGAGGGAAGCAGAAAAAAUGAUCCGAAGAAACUCUAACAUAAGAGAGUCUUGUAUAGAAGGCAAGAGUGCCUGGGAAUGGGUUGGACCUAUUCUUUACAAACCUGAGUUUAAUGGGAGUCUAUUUUAA